AUGGCUGGUGCAGGCCCAAUCUACACGACCUCCAAUGGUCGUCCCAUCACCUUUGCCACUGCUUCUCAAACUGUGGGCAACCACGGGCCCAUCCUUCUACAGGACUUCCAUCUCAUCGACCUGCUUGCCCACUUCGACCGAGAACGCAUCCCUGAGCGUGUUGUCCAUGCCAAGGGCGCAGGGGCUUUGGGAGAAUUCAUUGUGGCUCACGACAUAACUGAUGUGACGUCUGCCGACCUGUUCAGCGAGAUUGGAAAGAAGACGAAAGUCGCCGUGCGCUUUUCCACCGUGGGUGGUGAAAAGGGCUCGGCCGAUGCAGCCCGCGACCCACGAGGCUUCUCCAUUAAAUUCUACACGGAAGAAGGAAACUGGGACAUGGUCGGCAAUCACACACCAAUCUUUUUCAUUCGAGAUGCGAUCAAAUUUCCCACGUUCAUCCAUACGCAAAAGCGAAAUCCUCGCACAAACCUCAAGGAUGCUACCAUGUUCUGGGAUUUUCUCUCGAGCAACCAGGAAUCCGUGCACCAAGUGAUCCAGUUGUUCAGCGACCGGGGCACGCCCGGCUCCUAUCGCCAUUGCGAUACAUUCUCAGGGCAUACGUUCAAGUUUACCAAGAACGACGGCACGUUCAAGUACGUGAAGUUUCACUUCAAGACGGACCAGGGACACUGGGACAUGACGAACGAGGAAGCCACGGCUCUGACGGCGAGCAAUCCGGACCAUGCUACCGAGGAUCUCUUCAAUGCGAUUGAACGCGGCGAGUAUCCCUCUUGGACUUUGUACGUGCAGGUCCUGGACCCGAAAGACGCCGAGACGUUUCGCUGGAACAUCCUCGACGUCACAAAGGUGUGGCCUCACUCCGAAGUGCCCCUGCGGCCUGUGGGCAAGAUGACGCUCAACCGCAACCCUGAAAACUACUUCGCAGAGAUUGAACAAAUCGCUUUCUCCCCUGCCCAUCUUGUCCCCGGCAUCGAGCCUUCCGCAGACCCGAUGCUUCAAGGCCGCUUGUUCUCGUACGCGGACAGUCAAAGACACCGACUUGGCGUGAACUACCAACAAAUCCCCGUCAACCGCCCUCUCCACGCGUAUGCGCCGUUCCAGCGCGACGGCUUUAUGGCCAUCACAGGUAACUACGGCGGCAGUCCCAACUACCCUUCCCCGUUGAAGCCAAACACCUACCUCCCCGUGGACAAGCCGAUCGACGGCGCCCACGAGACCUGGGUGGGUCGAGCCGUGCAUAACCUCCAGCCCGUAACGGACGAAGACUUUGUGCAGGCAAACAUGCUUUGGGAAGUCUUGGGUCGCACAAAGGACCAACAGGAACAUCUGGUUCAUAACAUUUCGGUGCAUCUCUUUGCCGCGGUCAAGGAGGUCAGGGAGAGGACGUAUGGGAUGUUCGAACGAGUGAACAAGGAGCUAGGGAGCAGGGUGAAGGGGGAGACGGAGGCUGUGAGGGCGGAGAAGGGGCUCAAUGCGGCCGAGUAG